AUGGAAGAAGAACAAGAAUGGGGAAAUUCCAGGUUACCUCAGAAUAAAAAGAAGUUAGUGGAACACACCAAACGGAGAUAUGUCAAGCCCAUGGCACCUUAUCAGACUGACAGAAAAGCAAAAACCUCUUCUUCGUGUGAUAUAGAUCAGAAGAGAUUCAAAUGUGAAUGCUGCUACUGCCAGAGAUAUAUGGGGAACGCUUCUGGAAUCUCAACGGGGAGAAAAGCAACCUCUCAUUCUUCCUCCUGGGAUGAAUUAAUACAAGAACUUAGUAACUUGAUGCUCCACUCUGGCUCCACCCAACCCCCUCUUCUACAAGAACGGGUACAGGAAAAAGAGAAGAGCCCAAAACAGAGGCAGCAGAAAAACAAAAGAAUGUUUCAGAAAAGAAUGCUCCUAAAAGAAUGGAAAGACUAA